GUAUGGAUUGAUGCAGGGACACAGGUUUUCUUCUCCCUGGGGCCAGGAUUUGGAGUAUUGCUCGCAUUCGCUAGUUACAACAAAAGAGACAAUAACGUGUACAGAGAUGCGUUGAUAACCAGUAUGGUGAAUUGUUGCACCAGUUUCUUCUCCGGGUUUGUGAUUUUUAUGAUCCUGGGUUACAUGGCCGACAGGGCCAAGGUCAGCAUUGAAACUGUAGCCACAGAAGGUCCAGGACUGGUGUUUGAGGCGUACCCCAUGGCUAUAGCAACUCUACCCGGAUCAACAUUUUGGGCUAUCAUUUUCUUUUUGAUGUUACUCACACUUGGACUUGACAGUUCGUUUGGAGGAUCAGAAGCGAUUAUCACUGCGUUAUCAGAUGAGUUCCCCAUACUUCGCAAGCACAGAGAAAUAUUUGUAGCAAUUUUGUUCGCGGUUUACUUCAUCAUAGGACUUUCUUUUGUUUCACAGGGCGGAGCUUAUGUUGUGACGUUAAUGGACAAGUACGCAGCCGGAUAUUCCAUUUUGUUUGCAGUUUUCUUUGAAACAUUAGCAGUUUCUUGGGCGUAUGGUGUUGAGAGAUUCUCUGAUGAUAUUGAAUCUAUGGUGGGAUUUCGACCCGGCAUUUACUGGAGAGUCACCUGGAAAUAUCUCGCACCCAUCUUUUUAUUGUUUAUCAUGAUAUUUGGUUUGGUAAACUAUGUUCCACUAGAGUAUGACGCCUAUGUGUACCCCUGGCAGGCGAACUUCAUCGGUUGGUGUAUUGCCUUAUCUAGUAUACUAUGUAUACCAGGAUUUGCAAUCUACCAGUUCUUACGAACAAAAGGCACCAUUUCUGAGCGUUUCCACUACCUGUUGACUCCAUAUUUGGACAGCGUCGCAAACUGCGAAGGUGCGGCUUACAGUGACGUCAGAGUCAAUGGUGGCGUAGUAGGCGUUCACGUGUAGCUACAACAGCCAA